GUGGCACAAUCAAAUCAUCAGAUUUAUUAGCUUUCUGGGCAGCUUUUCCCAUUAUGUAAAAGCUGUGUUUGUAUUAGUAUAGCAGUCAGACCCACCAGUGUGAGGAUUACAGUUGGUUUUUACAUAAUGGAUUAUCCAAGAUUAAGUGUUUUAUUCAGGCACACGAGCAAAAAUAACCAAUUAGUGACUUUGUAGAUUCCUUAUUUAAAGGGAGCUGGAGGGCAAUUGACACAAAACCCUCCUGCUACCUGCAGUCCAAAGACUGAAGGAGAGUAGUCUCAAGGAUCUCCAACAUCUCCACUCAGCAGAAUGAAAUACGCACAGUAUGUUUUCCUGGUCUCGGUCUUCUACACUGUUGAAUAUAGCCUAGCUCAGACCUGUGCAGUGGAUUCUUUCUCUGUGAAAGACAAUUUUGAUCCAAAAAGGUAUGCAGGGAAAUGGUAUGCCCUGGCCAAGAAGGAUCCAGAAGGCCUUUUCCUUCAGGACAACAUCUCUGCUGAAUACACUGUGGAGGAAGACGGCACAAUGACAGCGUCCUCCAAAGGCCGAGUGAAGCUUUUUGGUUUCUGGGUGAUCUGUGCUGACAUGGCUGCUCAGUACACGGUACCUGACCCAACCACUCCAGCAAAAAUGUAUAUGACCUACCAGGGACUGGCCAGCUACCUCUCCAGCGGUGGGGACAACUACUGGGUGAUUGACACUGACUAUGAUAACUAUGCCAUCACCUAUGCCUGCCGCAGCCUGAAGGAGGACGGCUCCUGUGACGAUGGCUACUCCCUGAUCUUCUCGCGCAACCCCCGUGGCCUCCCCCCAGCCAUCCAGCGCAUUGUGCGCCAAAAGCAGGAGGAAAUCUGCAUGUCUGGCCAGUUCCAGCCUGUGCUCCAGUCAGGGGCCUGCUAAAAGUAUGCUUCUGAUCCUCUCCUUAAGCACAGAAACCAGACCUCUUGGUCUUGAAGUUGCCACUCAACUAAUAAUUUUAAAAAAUCAUAGUAUGGAAUAGUGUGUUUUUCCUGAAAAACACAUGAAAAUAUUGGGGGAUCUUUAAACAGUGUGCAAUAUAAUAGUGAUAUUUGAAUUUUCAAGGGAAUACCUAAUGUGGCAUUUGUCAAUAAAUGUUUUGGAAAAAAAGGCACGUCUGAAACUGGUUUUUAUUGCCUGUUGUCCUGUCUGUUGGGGAGCAGAAGCACUGAGGAUGCUCACUGAGGAGCAGUGAGACAGCAACAAGGGUGCUCCCAGCACAGGUGGGGCAGUGUCACUCCCCAGCUCUGAACAGGGCGGGCAAGGCAAGGAUGGUGAGAGGGGCACGUCCCCUGACAGGGCUGAUUGUCGGACACCAGCAUGGUGACAGGGUAAACUCUAGGAUUCACCUAGAAAGUCCAGCCAGUGAGGACAGCAAGGCACAGGGCAGUAUGCAGGCACAUCACUGAGACAGCUCCAGCCAAAAACAGGACUUAAGAGCACAUCUGAGGCAGAGCUACCUGCAGCAAAGUUCCCAAGGGGAGAUCCACAAAUGCACUAAAACAGAUGCUACUUUCAAUGACAGUGGACAAUGCUUUAAAUGAGCAGAUGCUUGCAUUUCUAAUGGCAUUAACAGUAAUUUGCUCCUCUCUGCCCUGAUUAUCCAGUUUUCAGUAUCUGAAAGGUAUAGAACUGAAAGAUAUACGAUGGACUGGGUUUAUGGCAAAGAAUUUCACAGAUAGAGAAAGCCAAAGAAGAGUACCUGGAAAUCUCCACGUAGAAAAAGGGUAACCUGAGUCAGUGUUAUUGACAUGCAUUUUCCACUGCUUUUAGUAAAACCACAUUCACCUUGUGUUUCCUAAUAA